AUGUCAGAAUCUCCAGCAGACAUCACAACUGCAAAUGUGACUGAGACAAUAUUUCUGUGUUAUCCACUUCGACCGGACUCCUGUCCUCGAGUUCAGCACCUCACUGUGCUCAAACUGCUCAUGUACGCCUUCAUGCUGCUUAUUAUUGUGGUGACGGUUUGUGGGAAUCUGCUGGUGGUGUUCUCCAUCUCGCACUUCAAACAGCUGCAGUGUCCCACGCACCUGAUCGUUCAGUCUCUGGCGGCCUGUGACUGUCUGCUGGGAGCGCUGGUGAUGCCGUACAGCAUGCUGCGUUCCGUCGAAGGCUGCUGGUAUCUGGGGGAUGUCGUAUGUAAAGUUCAUUCCAGUUUAGACAUGACUCUCUGUAUCUCCUCUAAAAUGCAUCUGAGUUUAAUAUCUGUGGAUCGAUACUGGGCCAUCUGUGACCCUCUACGGUACCGAACAAGAGUCACCACCAACAGCGUGACUGCCUUUAUCACCGUCACGUGGCUGUUUGCGUUUGCAUACAGCUUUUCUAUUGUGUUUUCAGGGGUGAACGCGGUCGGUCUGGAGCUGCUCGUGGUACAGAUUUCCUGUGUGGGCAGUUGUGUUCUGUUAUUUAACAAACAGUGGGCUCUCGUCUGCUCAAUUCUCACUUUCUUCCUUCCAGGAACCAUCAUGAGCUCUCUGUACAUCAAGAUCUUCUAUGUGGCGAGAAAACAUGCAAAGGUGUUAUCAGAAAGAGUGAGUGUAGGCGCCAAAGGGGAAUUCAAGAGUCACACAUCCACACACAGAGAGAGAAAAGCAGCUAAAACUGUGGCCAUCAUUGUAGGAGCGUUUCUGCUCUGCUGGCUGCCAUUUUUCAUUGCCACUGCUCUCGACCCGUUCCUCAAUUUCAUGACUCCAGCUGUUGUGUUUGAUGCUUUAGUGUGGUUCGGGUACUUUAACUCGACCUGUAACCCUCUGAUUUAUGGGCUAUUCUACCCUCGCUUUCAGAAAGCCUUUAAGAUUUUAAUAUCCACAUACAUCUGUGGCUUCAGUCGUUCUAACACACUGUCAUUUGAAUGA